UGCCUGUUCUGGGAUUUCUUUCGCUUCCUCUGUCAGAAAUCCCAGAUGGAACGAAGAUGUUUGGAAAAGAUGUUGCUUACAUAUGGGUAAUCGCUAUCACUAAGUGCUUUAUCACCUUUCGUGAAUUGAUCAAGUCGACAUCUUCCGUCAUCGUCGCCGUUAAGCUGCAGAUCGUGAAGGUAGUGAUGCGCAUCUUCGUGGCGUUGAGGAGGAAGUUGAGCAAGUUCUUGAAUUUCGUGUCUAUGGGAGUCGAAUCACCGGAGAAGCGAGGACAAGCGUUGAGCUGUUUCUUCCACGCGUCUCUCGAGCUUGUCAAGCUUCAUGCUACUUGGAGUCUCAGCGUGCCCGAGGGCUAUCGCGUGUCUGGCGUCUGGCCUCGCAGCCGCAUGGAAGGGAAACUGCUGCAGUGCGCAGUGGAGGAGGUGGCGGAGGUUUAUCAGAUCGACCUAGGGGAGGCACAUGGGACGGAACCGAAAGAAGACGGGGAGCUUGGUAGGCUUACCAUACUCGGGUUGGUGUACCAGGGGUGCAGGAGUUUGGAGAUCAUACAAGACGACACAAACAAUCAGCUCUACACCACAAGCUCUGAGAGCAGUGCGGACAGUGACGCGAAGCCAGUGGAGGAGGAAGGCUUCAUCAUGGUUCGAAAGCGUCGCAGGACGGAGGAGGAGGAGGAGGAGGAGGAUAUGUAAGUUUUAGGAAGGAGUAAAAGUUUUGAAAGCG